UUUGAAGAGCCUGGGUGUUUUACCCGCUGAGGAAAUUUGCUCCAUCUCCAGCAGCAACCACUGCUCCUUUUGAUGUUGUGGUACGCCGUGCGCAUGCGCUUCACAUUAGAAUUACUGCACUGGCCAGAAUAAGUUGGAUCUCUUCUUCUCUUCACUGAAACCCUAAAUCAUAUCAAAAGCUAAAGGGAUGCUGAGAGUCCGGAAAAAGGGUUACUUUGGGAUUUGGUCAUUCCCUUUAAUAAUAGCUGCGGUGUGUGCACAGAGUGUCAAUGACCCUAGCAAUAUGUCACUGGUGAAAGAGACCGUGGAUAGACUGCUGAAGGGCUAUGAUAUUCGCUUGAGGCCAGAUUUUGGAGGUCCCCCAGUGGCUGUUGGCAUGAACAUAGACAUUGCCAGUAUAGAUAUGGUCUCGGAAGUCAAUAUGGACUAUACUUUGACAAUGUACUUCCAGCAAGCGUGGAGGGAUAAGAGGCUGUCCUAUAAUGUGAUACCUCUAAACCUUACCCUGGACAACAGAGUGGCUGAUCAGCUCUGGGUGCCCGACACCUACUUCCUGAAUGACAAGAAAUCAUUUGUUCAUGGUGUUACUGUGAAGAACAGAAUGAUUCGCCUGCAUCCAGAUGGAACAGUCCUUUAUGGACUCAGAAUUACAACAACAGCUGCUUGUAUGAUGGACCUGCGGAGAUAUCCGCUGGACGAGCAGAACUGCACGCUGGAGAUUGAAAGCUAUGGCUAUACAACAGAUGACAUUGAAUUUUACUGGCGUGGGGGUGAUAAUGCAGUCACAGGAGUGACAAAGAUCGAACUGCCACAGUUCUCCAUUGUGGACUACAAGCUUAUCACCAAGAAUGUUGUUUUCUCUACAGGUGCCUACCCAAGGCUGUCUCUCAGCUUUAAACUUAAGAGAAACAUUGGUUACUUCAUUCUGCAGACCUACAUGCCUUCUAUUCUGAUCACUAUCCUGUCCUGGGUUUCCUUCUGGAUUAAUUAUGAUGCUUCAGCUGCAAGAGUUGCAUUAGGAAUCACAACUGUGCUCACAAUGACAACAAUUAACACCCAUCUUCGAGAGACUCUUCCCAAAAUUCCAUAUGUGAAAGCCAUUGAUAUGUACCUUAUGGGAUGUUUUGUCUUCGUUUUCAUGGCUCUGCUGGAAUAUGCAUUGGUCAACUACAUCUUCUUUGGCAGGGGACCUCAGCGCCAAAAGAAAGCAGCAGAAAAAGCUGCCAGUGCCAACAAUGAGAAGUUGCGAAUGGAUGUCAAUAAGGACAGAAGAAUAAUUGGCACAUAUCAUUGUCCAGAAAUGUAUUCAACAAAGAUGGAUCCACAUGAAAACAUAUUGUUGAGCACGCUUGAAAUCAAGAACGAGAUGGCUGCCUCGGAGGCGGUGAUGGGGCUCGGGGACCCUAGGAGCACAAUGCUGGCCUAUGACACGUCGAGCAUCCAGUACCGCAAAGCCGGCUUGCCCCGGCACAGCUUCGGCCGCAACGCCCUGGAGCGACACGUGGCACAGAAGAAGAGCCGGCUACGGAGACGCGCGUCCCAGCUGAAAAUCACCAUCCCUGACUUGACUGAUGUCAAUGCCAUAGAUCGAUGGUCUCGCAUAUUCUUCCCCGUUGUUUUUUCCUUCUUCAAUAUUGUCUAUUGGCUUUACUAUGUGAACUAAGAAACAAAGCCACGCGGGAAGAAAGAACUGGAUUUCUCUUCAAAUCAGUUGUACAGCCAAAAGUGGGACUUGGAAAAAAUUCUAUUCAGGACAAAAAGUUAUUUUAAAACACCUUAGUUGCUGGCCCACUCUAUGGUCUGUUUUUAUAACAUUUUGGUUGUAUCUGCUAAACCAUAUAUAUGUUAAGUUGCAGUAUGGACAUAUCCCCUUAUCAAAAUAUAAGUGCAUUUUGAGUGUAAAGGCAAAUUGCGUUUUGAAAAUCACUUCUGUCUCAUUUUCCCUCACUAUUUUUUUUUUCCAAUGGUUGUUUGAGUUUAGUGAUACAAAUUAUAGAGCAGCAUUUGAGAAACAAGUUUUAAUUUCAACAGCAGUACAUAUUUUAGGGAAAGUACAUAUCCAAGGCAUGCAUAUACACUUAAGAGUGUUCCAAGCUACAUGCUUAUGAAACACAUACACUUUACUUUUUAAAUGUGUAAACUUGAAAACAAGUAGUGCCUAUCAUCUUUCCAAGAUGAUGAUGGUCAGAGGUUUCCCAACCAUAUUCAGGUAUUUCCUUUUAUUUAUUUAAAGAACUGAACCUUUGACUGAUAAUAUUGGGGUUGGGUGUUUGCACAGAUUCUGAAGCAAGAAGCACUAGUUUGUUUGUAUUUUAAAGAGAGAACAUAUGCUCAGUCACCAUGACUGUGUUUGGGAUCAAUAGAGGAAUGUAGGGUCUGUAUAAAAAUGCAUCAGCACUGAAUGGGUAGAUGCUGCUGGGUUGUGUUGGGGAAAGGGAAUCUGUCCAAAGUGCCAAAAUUGAUUGCCCAAAUAGUAAUUCUGCAGAUGGCUGAAAGAAGCCAGUGGUGUUCUGCCUUUCUCUAGGGCAGGGAGAGUGAGAGAGCAAGUACAAAGUGCAGGGGCAAGGAGAGAGGAGGUAAACACAUAAAAGUGUGUAUGUAUAUAUAUAUAUAUAUAUAUAUAUAUGUAUAUAUAUAUAUAUAUAUCACAGAUGAAUGUUGUCAGUUGUACACACCUUAGUCUGAAAUAGUCAUGUGGAGUUGUGUGAUUUCUUCCAGGUUUUCAUCUUUCCAGCAUUAUGCUUUCUGCUGUUAGGUAAAGGUUCUGUAUCUCUUUCAGCAAUCGAGAUCUGAGCAUAUGUAUUUCUGUACAAGAGGUACUGAGAGGGUGUUUUCUCAGUCUGGAUUAGGCAAUACCAUUUCACUUUUUGUUUUCCUUAAUGCACUGUUCUAAAGGAAAGUAAUUCCUAACAAUCACUUUAAGAGUUUGAGUACACUCUUGAAUGUUUCUUGCUUUGGGGUGAUUUCCAUUGAAAAACUAGAAAAUAUCAGUUUUUCUUUGGGAAGCUUCUUGAAUUAAAAGGUUGAGAUUUUCUUUCAAUCCAUUGAGCUUUAUUUUUACAAAAUAGUAAAAUAGAAUAAAAAAGAAUUAUACAAAA